AUUAGAAAGGAUCCUCGUCUACGGCGGCAGUCUUUUUCUUUCCUUAUGGCGGAGGAGUACCGAACUAGAAGAGAAAUCCUUUCAUGGCUUCUACCAUUUAUUAUCAUUGCUCUCACGACGACAUCAUGGCGACUGGCGAUUCAUCAACAACAAUCACUCUCAUUGACAAAAACCCUUCGUGAUGAAUUGAUAGUCCUUGAUAAGAGAGAACUUUUCUCCGGAGAGUGGGCAAUCGGAAGUCUUCAUCAAUGCUCUCCAAGGCCGUUACGUGAGGACUUCUCAUCGUGGAAUGUGAGUGCCUAUGAAGUGCGGCGCUGUCCAUCAAAGGACAUCAGAG